UCGACUGGCUUCACCGUCCUCUGCGGUUGAACAGCAGAGAGUAGCCGGAUGCCUCAGCACAGUUUUUUGAGUCGAUGAACACCUUUAUAAAGCCGAACGGUUGUUGUGUUUCACUUUUCGACUCGUUCUUCAAGAUGGUCUUGGACUUUGAGCGAAAAUGAAGCGCAGUCUGUUUCUGUGGAUCUCGUAGUUAAGGUCUGACUGCUUCACCUACCUGUCACCCUGGCAGAGCAGGAAGCUCAGCGUGUGGAGGAGCUCAGCCCUGGCAGCAUGGUGUCUGCUGUGGGGAGCGGCCCCGUGCCCAGUCCUCAGAGCGAGGCUGUGACCAGUGAGAUGCAGGAACUCUCUCUGCAAUCUGUCCCGAGCCUGCUGCCAUUGAAGGAACGCAAAAAUGUUCUUCAACUCAAACUACAACAGAGAAGAACACGAGAGGAGCUGGUCAGCCAAGGAAUCAUGCCUCCAUUGAAGAGCCCGGCUGCUUUCCACGAACAGAGGAAAAGUCUGGAGAGAGCACGCACUGAGGAUUACCUGAAGAGGAAGAUUAGGAGCCGGCCUGAGAGGUCAGAACUGGUCAGGAUGCAUAUCCUCGAGGUUACAACAGAAACAGCUAGUUCAUCUGUAUGCAAAACAAAUAUCAAGACUUCAGCUGAGCCUUCACUGCAGGCCAAGCAGCUGAAGCUGAAAAGAGCCCGUUUGGCCGACGAUCUUAAUGAUAAAAUCUCCCAUCGCCCUGGUCCCAUCGAGCUCAUCCACAAGAACAUCCUGCCGGUGCAUGCACUCAUUGGUACAGAGUCUCCGAAGGGUGAGAGCUCAUCACUGGAUGAGGACAGCAGUGACGCUCUUUCUCCAGAUCCCCAGUGCAGUCAGGACUCUCCGCUGGGUCUCGGCCCUCAACACUCCCCCUCUGAUAUGCUGAACAUGAACGGAGACCUCUCACCUAGUCAGUUCCUCACUCAGGCUCCUCCACCUCUUCUUGUCACGUCUGACGCCUCUCCACCAAAAAAUCUAACCAGUGAAACUAACAUUUCAAACUCUUCCCGUCCACCAUCAGGACAUACAAAGUUCAAGUCCAGCACAGAUCGGACCUAUCAACGAUCAAAGAAACCCAAAGAUAACAAGCCCAAAGUAAAGAAGCUGAAAUAUCACCAGUAUAUCCCGCCUGACCAGAAGAACGACCGGGAGCCACCGCCUCAGCUGGACUCCUCGUACGCCAAAAUCCUCCACCAGCAGCAGCUUUUCCUUCAGCUUCAGAUCAUCAACCAGCAGCAGCAGCACUACAACUACCACACCAUCCUACCCGCACCUCCGAAACUUGCUACUGAAAUGCAGCAGCCAUCCACAAAUCCUGGCCCUGCCCCUUCCCAGACUAUUUCCACCUCCACUGCAGUCUCCUCAAAUCAGACUGGAACCAGUCGUCAGAGCCAGCCUACAGUGGCAGGAGCCAAACCCAGCACUUUGCCAGCAAACCUAGAUGAAUUCAAAGUUGCUGAACUUAAACAUGAACUCAAGUUGAGGGGUUUGACUGUAUCGGGCACUAAGAACGAUCUCAUUGAACGCCUGAAGAACUACCAGGAGCAGAACUGUGGUUCAUCAGCAGCAGGGGCUCCAGCAAUGAAAACAGUGCCUGCUCAGUUACCACAGGUGUCGAUUCAGUCUGGUCCACAUCAACACCCCAAAGACACAACUGUACCAAUUUCAGCCUUUCCCUUAACGCCUACCACAAGGGUCCACAGCACAACACCACCUCAGAUCAUGCGUUUCAGCAGCACCAGCUCCUCUCCUCCUGUGUCUCCUACCCCAUCUGACCGCUCUGUGACUGGACUGAGUCCAGAUGAGGCCAGCUGCAACGGUGAUGUGUUUGGAGAAAUGGUUAGUUCUCCUCUCACCCAGCUCAGUUUGCACCCCUCUCCAGAGCAGCCUUCCCCAAUUAAAGAGGAGUCUCUAGGGCAGGUGCAGUCCUCCUGCAGUCUCUCUCGUCUGGGGACGCUGCCAGCCGCACAGCCUCACGAUCCAUGUCCAUUGUCUCCUCUGGACAAAGACCAAAUGCUUCAAGAGAAAGACAAGCAGAUCGAGGAGCUGACGCGCAUGUUGAGACAGAAGCAGAGGCAGGUGGAGGCCUUGCGUUCUCAGCUGGAGCAGGGUAAGCGUGCAGCACCAACAGAGCCUGCAGUCGACACCGAAAUACCCAUGCUGUCUAACGGGGUGGAAGUAAAGGUGAAGGAAGAGGUCAAGGAAGAAAUGGACACCUCGGAGGACCUGCAGAAGCAAAUCCAGCCUCUGAAGAAGAUACAGACUCAGUGUUCACAGCAGACUCUCUUCAAGCUGCAGCAGAUUCACAGACUGCAGGUGCAGCAGCAGCAAAUACUGGUGGACCUACCAAAUCUACAGAAUACACAGCAGCAGGAAGUGGACCAACUGAAAGUGCAGCAAGAGCAAGCAAAGACACAGGUGUCGCAGCAGCAGAAGACGCAGUUGCUGCAACAUCACCAGAAAGUGCAAUUACUGCAACAGCAGAAGGCACAGUUACUGCAGCAGCAGCAGAAAGCGCAGCUACUACAACAGCAGCAGCAGAAAGCGCAGCUUCUACAACAGCAACAGAGGACACUGGUGCAGGAGCAGCAGAAAACACAACUGCAUCAGCAAAAGAAGGCGACGUUACUGCAACAGCAGCAACAACAAAAGCUGCAGCAGCUCAUCAUCCAGCAAAGCCAGCAAAAGCAGCUGCAAGCCAAUCUGAAGCAGCAGCAGAAGCCACAAAAUCUGUUACAGAGCCCACAGGUUUCACAGGUGUUUGUCAGCCAGCAGUCUAGUACUCAGAUUACUACGUCUUUCCCACUGGAUAUCCUGAAAGCUCAUCCCACUCCCACACUGGUCACUGACAGCAACGGCAACCGCUAUCUGAUUGCACUUACCAGUAAUAGUGUGGAGAGUCUGACGGGAAAGUCUCCUCAGAGCAAAUCUAAUGGACGGAUUACUCUACAGAGAUUGCAGUCGACCCCUAUCAAGCUCCCUAGCCAAUCAUCUACUGAUAUGACAACUUCUGCCAAUCAUUCACAAGCUGUCCGAGAGCCCAUCACCAAGAAAGCAGGGCUCCACGUAGAAACCUCCAGUGUUCAGGAGAGCAGUCAGCCUGUGUCUGCUCCACCAAGCUUCGAGCCCUUCUUCUGUGAGGAAUCAAACCCACUGAACAAACCCACCUCUCCUCCUUCAUUUAAGGAGGACAUUUGCCCAACAUUUGACCGACAUACUUUAUUUACCCCUUCCUCUCCAAAGCCGAACCCUCAACCCCCUCAGUGCCUCAAAGAUAAUGUCUCUAACAACCAGCAAAUAGAUGAUCUGUUUGAAAUUCUGAUGAAGAGUGGAGAAAUUUCAUCUGGAUUUAAGGCCAGUCAAGACCCCUCCCUUUCUGACCUCCACUCCAACCCGCCCUCUCCAUCCCCUCCUCCAUCUCCCCUCCACCUCUCUCCACCAGCACAUCACCCUGAACCCAUGCCCGUCCCAUCCCAGCAGCUCCUGGACACUCAAAACAGGCCCUGCUCCUCCACCGGCCGCCUCGAGGACUUUCUAGAGAGCACAACCGGCGCUCCUCUCCUCGGUGUGGAGCCGGAUAGCCCGUUAACCCUAAUCGAUGACCUACACAGUCAAAUGCUGAGCACUUCCAGUAUUCUGGACCACCCGCCAUCCCCAAUGGACACCAGUGACCUGAGCUUCUCGUCCCAUCCGGCCAGCCUGGACUUCGAAGACCCUGCUCUGGAUGGAAUGGAUUGGCUGGGCAUACCCGUGGUCACAGGGGGCAGUAAUUGUAAUGGCGGGGGUCUGGUCCUCGCCCCUCUGAGCUCACACACCCCACCCAGUGUCUUUUCAGCAGACUUUUUGGACAGUCCAGAUCUGCAGCUCCACUGGGACUCCUGUUUGUAGCUUCUGGUCUUAAUUCGCUCAACGACACACACAAUUUAGCACAUUCAACCUUACUGUGUAUUAAGCAGUACACAAAACACUCCAGACGCACACGCUGUUAAUUAUGCUUCACGUUUUCUUUCCUUCAUAUUCCGAAGCCGAAUGGUAUUUAAACAGUUCCUGCGUCUGAUAGCACUGACUUUUAAGCUCUCGUUCACUGCACUCAAAUAAUCACAUGAUGGCGCUGUUUCUUUUGUAACAGAGACCAAUCAGGACCCUGAAAACAGCUCAAAGAAUCCCUUCUUUGGUCUAAAUAUCAGAUGAGUUGUCUAUGCUGGUUAGUUAGUACAAUCUUUAAAGCACCAUAUAGUGUUAUGUCUGCCCAUGGUAAUAAAGCUAUGACCUCAUAAACAUUAUAUAUGAGGCCAUUUCUGCUCCACAAGUUGUUACAUGCAAGCUAAUUGGCAGAAAGAUACAGGAUAUCAUAAACCUCCUUGAAACCCGUUAGUUCUUCCAACAUUGCACUUAAGCCGACCCGACUGGUGCUCUGGUCAACACGACCCAAUGUAAUGGGCUCUGCAGGGAACCAGGUUUGGUGACGUUCACCAGAUCUCUAUGCAUUGCUGUAGUUAGGAUCAUGUAUUGAUGAAACCUUUGUUCUUUCUGCUCUGAUUCUAGCGAUUCGCUGGUGGAGGUCAGUGCUGGGGUUUCAGGUUUCAGAGUAUUUGGAACUUCUUGUUUUUUAAAAAAAGAAAAAAAAUGAAAGGAAAAACUGC